UUUCCUUCCUCUCAGCUCCCAAUCACAUCCAAUUUCCCCUCUUUCCCAUCCCUCAUACUUCCUAUCCUUUCUCACAUCUCUCAAUUACUCAGUCAACAUGCGUGUCUCACAAGUUGCUCUCCUAGCUGUUGCCUCUGCGGUUUCUGUUUCCGCAAUCCCAACGGACUACGGAAAGUAUCCCAACUAUGGGACAUAUGGCAAAUAUACCGACUAUCCUCCACCACCUCCCCCACCCACCUCAUACAGUCCGUAUGCCUCAUACGGCACAUACAAGCGUGAUGCCGCUCCUGAGCCAAUUCCCGAGCCAGAGGCUGCUCCGGUAGACUAUGGCAAAUAUCCGAACUACGGAACCUACGGCAAAUACACCAACUACGCUCCCCCUCCCCCACCACCAAAAUCAUACAGCCCAUACGCUACAUAUGGUACAUACAAGCGUGAAGCCGAAGCUGCUCCAGAGCCAGAGCCAGAGCCAGAGGCCGCCCCGGCAGACUAUGGCAACUAUGGCAAAUAUCCCAACUACGGCACUUAUGGAAAAUACACCAACUAUCCACCUCCUCCACCACCCCCAAAGUCGUACAGCCCUUAUGCAACCUAUGGCACGUACAAGCGUGAGGCUGAGGCAGAUCCCGAGCCGGAAGCAGCACCAGCUGACUAUGGCAACUAUGGCAAAUAUCCCAACUAUGGCACCUACGGAAAGUACACCAACUAUCCACCUCCUCCACCACCCCCAAAGUCGUACAGCCCUUAUGCUACCUACGGCACCUACAAGCGCGAGCCGGAGGCUGCUCCGGCCCCAGUUCCCGAGCCAGAGGCGGCACCAGAAGCUGCUCCCGAAGCUGCACCGGAAGUUGUCGAGGUUCAAGCAUGAACAUUUCGGCCGAAUGCUGGGUAUGGAGAGUUGGAAAAGGGGUUGGAGAGUGUAACGUGGGGCGAUUUUGGGAUGAUGAAGUGAGCAUACGAAAUGGGCAAUGGCAAUGUUUACAUGAAAUGAGAUUUGGAAUUGAACGAACAUAGACAGUCCUUACGAUAAAGAUAAUGUUUUUAAACUAGUUAAUGAAUUUGGUCGA